UGUGCAAUAAUGGCCUAAAUAUAGUUUUACUCUUCCGUGGUUCUUCACAUCCAUGUAGCAUAACUCUGUUUCCCGAGCCCUGGAGCCAUGCUAGUAUUCCAAAAGCGAUCGCGCAGUGCACCACCCCCUUCAACGACCCUUACACCAAGUUGGCCGUUCUUCUCGUCUUCCAUGUCUGUCUACACAACAGCGCUUCGCCCCUGCUGUGCGGAGCGAGAGCGGCUUCAGAGGCGGCCAAGCUUGUUUGCCAAAUCACACGAAGUCGUUGCCGUGCGAGUGGUUGAAAAGUCCCCAUGGGCAAGUCGAGCUAACGCUGCAUGUAUGUCUGUGGUGGGGGGGCGCGUGGGCAUUCCAAUGGAAGCGGACGAAGUGGCAUCGCAACGUAGGCUCUACCGCAGACAUAUCGACCACACGAUGCACACGAUUCAAGAAGAGAAUGGCAGUGACGCUUGUGGCGACUGCCACGCUUACUUGUACCGCCCAGACGUGAUUGUGUCUGUCACAAACGUCCACAUGGCGCCGCGCCGGCGUCCUCCAUUUCAAAAUGCCGAGCGAUAUACCAAAGCUAGUACAACGAGAGCACCCACCGCCGCCGGCAUGAACAGCCCAACGACUCGCAAGGCAAAGAAGUUGCCGAUGCAAUUGAAUCAACUGGCCCGACCGAGCAAGAAUGCGUUUGCCAACUUUCCCAAAAGGCAAAGUCCUCGUAUGUGACGACAGAUGAAGUGCAGUCAGUCCGUUCUUCAGCUUCUGUAUUAACGUCGUUCGAUAGUUUACAUAAAGAGCGAGCGAUAGAGAUUGUUUUUGUCCCAUA